AUGUCUGUAAACUGUGUUGCAGUACUGCGGCUUCCUCUCGUGCUCGUCUUCUUUUUCCUCAUCCUUCUGCUGAAUGUGCCUACGUCACAGGCAGCCUCGACGGAGAGGAUCUGGUUGGAUGAGGCAGAAGAGGGAAGACUGCAGGCAGGAGAGGAAGACGAUGCGCUGGAUGCGGUGGAUGGGCCUGAGGAGGGGGAGGAAGUGGAGGAACCGGGACGGGCAUCUAAUCCACUCGCACCAGCUGGCUGGUGGGUGCGAUUUCGUGAACGUGUCAAAGAAUUUCUGCGAGGACGUGGAUGCCGAGGUGGAGGUUGUCGCGAGUCAGUUAGGCAUUAUCCAAUCGUCCGUAUACCCUUUUAAUCUUCCAUCGUUCUUGCUGUUAAUUUUUUACUUUCGUCCCUUGAGAACUCUCCCUUUCGAAUAGAGUCAUCUUUCGUUUCCACAUUAUGUUAGUUCCGUUCUUUGCAAAAGUUUUAUGGCCGUUUUACGAGAAAUGGUACCCUGGGAGUUGAAAUCGCUAUUUAACGUUUCUCUGGCAUAUUUUUAAAAUUCUGUCCACAAUAAGUGCACGCACUACAAGUUGUAUCAUCCUGAAAUAGCAAUAAUUACUCUUCAUUUAUGAUGAUGUGGUAGAAAGCGAUUUCGAAACGUCUUCCUGUCAGUGGUCGGUAUUCGCUAAUAAAUGAACAAGUGAGGCUAAAAUCAUGGCCGGUUAUGCAACGUCCGAGAGCAGACUCCAUCUUUAGGAGAGUAUUGGAUAAAUCACUACCAACUUAACGACACGUACAGUGAGUUACCUAACUCAUGAAAUGUAGGCUGAAAUUCUGAAAUGCGUUUUCGAUUAGGAAGGAUGACUUGGUCGCGGUCGUAAUACUGACUACCUUGCGGCAUACUCUUAUAACAUUUCGGACUUGGCAGGAUGUCGGCUUUUAAAUGCACUUCUUUUCAAUCUCCUGUAGAAAGCGUACUUUCGUCUCUUCCACUUCUCCUUCAGACUUUUGUACGCGGCGUCCAACUCAAUGUGCCUGUUGAUACAUGAUUCAUCCGAGUGCAUGGCCUCGAGGAACUCUCGGCAUUUUUUGAAAGGGCAGACACCGACAAUCCGAGUUCUGUCCCAAGCGAAGGCAUGCCCGGUUUCCAGGGUAUGCAUGGCUACUUUAGACAGGUGGUCUCAAGUACUGCAAACUGUCUGGGGAACCAACGUCGAAAAUUCACGCAAUAAAACUCCUUUUCCCAAAGAACACCCUUGACUUCAACAUAUACAGUGCGUGACCUAUCUCAUGAAAUGUUGGCUGAAAUUUUGAAAUGGGUUUUCGAUUAGGAAGGAUUACUUGGUCGCGGUUGUAAUACUGUUUAUCUUAAGGCAUACUCUUAUAACAUUUUGGACUCGACAGGAUGUCGGCUUUCAAAUGCACUUCUGUUCAAUAUCCUGUAGAAACCGUGCUUGGUAAAAAAUGACUACUUAAGUAGCAUGCAUUUUUCCCAUUGAUUUUCGAUGGUCAAAUAUAUUUUAUAGAAUCCACAAACAAAAAUAUGCUUUCUUUUAGCCAAUCAAUAGAGAAUCACGUCUUCUCUAUAUUUUAUACUUAAGGAAGGAGUAUAAUUAGGUUUUAAAAACGUUUUCUUUUUGCCGAAAAAUUUGGAGCCUUAUCAUUCGUUGCAUUAACCGCGAGGACAAGCUGUCUUUGGUCUAUGGCCACAUACGAGAACUGAACCACAAUUUUGCCUUUGAGAAAGCGAGAGUAAUUGGUCGAGCCAAUGAGGAGAUGGCCAGACUGGUGCUCGAAAGUUGGUCCUCGACUGGUACACUCAACCGAGCUAUAGAUCUACAUCCCGCCUACCAAGCAGUCCGGAUAGGACCAGUAAGGCAAACGAGCACGCGGGACCGAGAGUCAACGCUCACGGAAAAGAGCGGAAUUGGGGGCCAGAGGUCAUGUGACCAAAGCCGAACACUGUCUCACCGAUGCGCCCGCGAAGCUGAAUGCUGCUCACCUGAACAGCAACGACCGAUCAGUCCAACGACUGACGUGGGAGGGACCAAGCGGCACGUUGAUUUGACCACAACUAAGCCGACCCCAAAGGGAACAAAGGUCACGCAGGCCUAUCAGCGGUCAGCUCCGGGGAGGUCUAAGCCAGUCAGCGGCAAACAGGCAGGUCAAAGUUCGUGCGUCCGGCACGGCUAUAAUACGAGGCAAGCGGCAAGACUGAAUAACUCAAGACCCGCAAGUGCAACAAUUACGCUACUCUGAUGAUGGAAACGAGGAAGUUUCCGAAACGUCAGUUCGAAUACAAUAUGGUCCAUGGAUUCGCCCUCUCUUCUUCUUCGUCUUCUUCGGGAGAUGAUGAACGCGAUACAAUGUCUGGACCUCGAAUCUUUACGCAUAUCGAUGUGUAUAUAUAUAUAUGACAGUGGGCGCUCGCCGAUCAGGUUACGGAACAUGCUCGUUCCGUUGUGCCUUGGGGCUCAUACUUAAACCCUCGCAGGCAGUCGCACAGCGACUAGUAGUAGACAUAGAUGAGAUGAUACCGACAAAGACUAGGGAGACCGGAAUGGCCAUUUCUGG